CCAGAAGCAGGAUGAGAAGAUGGCAAACUUCCUGUUACCUCGGGGCACGAGCAGCUUCCGAAGGUUCACACGGGAGUCUCUGGCAGCCAUCGAGAAGCGUAUGGUGGAGAAGCAAGCCCGUGGCUCUGCCACCUCACAGGAGAGCCGUGAUGGGCUGCCUGAGGAGGAGGCUCCCCGGCCCCAGCUGGACCUGCAGGCCUCUAAAAAGCUGCCAGAUCUCUAUGGCAACCCACCCCGGGAGCUCAUUGGGGAGCCCCUGGAAGACCUGGACCCCUUCUAUAGCACCCAAAAGACCUUCAUCGUGCUGAAUAAAGGCAAAACCAUCUUCCGGUUCAGUGCCACCAACGCCUUGUAUGUCCUCAGUCCCUUUCACCCCAUCCGGAGAGCAGCUGUGAAGAUUCUGGUUCAUUCACUCUUCAGCAUGCUCAUCAUGUGCACCAUCCUGACCAACUGCGUGUUCAUGGCCCAGCAUGACCCUCCACCCUGGACCAAGUAUGUCGAGUACACGUUCACCGCCAUUUAUACCUUUGAGUCUCUGGUCAAGAUUCUGGCUCGAGGCUUCUGCCUGCAUGCAUUCACCUUCCUUCGGGACCCAUGGAACUGGCUGGAUUUCAGUGUGAUUGUCAUGGCGUAUGUAUCAGAAAAUAUAAAAGUAGGCAAUUUGUCGGCUCUUCGAACUUUCAGAGUCCUGAGAGCUCUAAAAACUAUUUCAGUUAUCCCAGGCCUGAAGACCAUCGUGGGUGCCCUGAUCCAGUCUGUGAAGAAGCUGGCUGAUGUGAUGGUCCUCACAGUCUUCUGCCUCAGCGUCUUUGCCCUCAUCGGCCUGCAGCUCUUUAUGGGCAACCUAAGGCACAAGUGUGUGCGCAACUUCACAGAACUCAACGGCACCAAUGGCUCUGUGGAGGCUGAUGGCCUGGUCUGGGAGUCGCUGGAUGACUACCUCAACAAUCCAGAAAAUUACCUGCUCAAGAAUGGCACCUCUGACGUGUUGCUAUGUGGGAACAGCUCGGAUGCUGGGACAUGUCCUGAGGGCUACCGGUGCCUAAAGGCAGGCGAGAACCCUGACCAUGGCUACACCAGCUUUGAUUCCUUUGCCUGGGCCUUCCUUGCACUCUUCCGCCUGAUGACACAGGACUGCUGGGAGCGCCUCUACCAGCAGACCCUAAGGUCCGCAGGGAAGAUCUACAUGAUCUUCUUUAUGCUCGUCAUCUUCCUGGGAUCCUUCUACCUGGUGAACUUGAUCCUGGCUGUUGUCGCCAUGGCCUAUGAGGAGCAAAACCAAGCCACUAUUGCUGAGACUGAGGAGAAGGAAAAGCGCUUUCAGGAGGCCAUGGAGAUGCUCAAGAAAGAACAUGAGGCCCUCAUUAUCAGGAGUGUGGAUACCAUGUCCCGUAGCUCCUUGGAGAUGUCCCCUUUGGCUCCAGUAACCAGCCACGAGAGAAGGAGCAAGAGGAGAAAACGAAUGUCUUCUGGGACAGAAGAGUGUGGGGAGGACAGAUUCCCAAAAUCAGACUCAGAAGAUGGUCCGAGAGCUAUGAAUCGCCUCAGCCUCACCCAUGGGCUUAGCAGGACUUCUAUGAAGCCACGCUCCAGCCGAGGGAGCAUUUUCACCUUUCGCCGGCGAGACCUGGGUUCUGAGACAGAUUUUGCAGAUGAUGAAAACAGCACAGCAGGGGAGAGUGACAGCCACCGCACCUCACUACUGGUGCCCUGGCCUCUGCGCCGGCCCAGUGCCCAGGGACAGCCCAGUCCUGGGACCUCAGCUCCUGGCCAUGCCCUCAAUGGCAAAAGGAACAGCACUGUGGACUGCAACGGGGUAGUCUCCUUGCUGGGGGCAGGUGACCCUGAGACCAUAUCCCCAGGGAGCCGCCUCCUUCACCCUAUGAUGCUGGAGCGCCCCCCAGACACGACAACACCGUCAGAGGAGCCAGGUGGGCCCCAGAUGCUGACCCCCCAGGCUCCGUGUAUGGACGGCUUCGAGGAGCCAGGAGCUCGGCAGCGGGCCCUCAGCGCAGUCAGUGUACUCACCAGUGCACUAGAAGAGCUGGAGGAGUCUCACCGCAAAUGUCCACCAUGCUGGAACCGCUUUGCCCAGCGCUACCUGAUCUGGGAGUGCUGUCCACUAUGGCUGUCCAUCAAGCAGAAAGUGAAGUUUCUGGUCACGGACCCAUUUGCUGACCUCGCCAUCACCAUGUGCAUCGUGCUCAACACACUCUUCAUGGCACUGGAACACUACAACAUGACAGCUGAAUUCGAGUCCAUGUUGCAGGUCGGAAACCUGGUCUUCACAGGGAUUUUCACAGCAGAGAUGACCUUCAAGAUCAUUGCCCUCGACCCCUACUACUACUUCCAACAGGGCUGGAACAUCUUCGACAGCAUCAUCGUCAUCCUUAGCCUCAUGGAGCUGGGACUGUCCCGCAUGAAUAACUUGUCAGUGCUGCGCUCCUUCCGCCUGCUGCGGGUCUUCAAGCUGGCCAAAUCAUGGCCCACCCUGAACACGCUCAUUAAGAUCAUUGGGAACUCAGUGGGGGCACUGGGGAACCUAACGCUGGUGCUAGCCAUCAUCGUGUUCAUCUUUGCCGUGGUGGGCAUGCAGCUCUUUGGCAAGAACUACUCAGAGCAGAGGCACCUCAUCAGUGACUCAGGCCUGCUGCCUCGCUGGCACAUGAUGGACUUCUUCCACGCCUUUCUCAUCAUUUUUCGAAUCCUCUGUGGCGAGUGGAUUGAGACCAUGUGGGACUGCAUGGAGGUGUCUGGGCAGUCAUUGUGUCUGCUAGUCUUCUUGCUUGUCAUGGUCAUUGGCAACCUUGUGGUCCUGAACCUCUUCCUGGCCUUGCUGCUCAGCUCCUUCAGUGCAGACAACCUGACAGCCCCUGAUGAAGAUGGUGAGAUGAACAACCUCCAGCUGGCCCUGGCCCGCAUCCAUCGGGGCCUGUGCUUUGUCAAGCGGACCACCUGGGACUUCUGCUGUGGGCUCCUGCGGCGGCGGCCCCAGAAGCCUGCAGCCCUUGCCUCCCGCAGCCAGCUGCCCAGUUGCAUUGGCACCCCCGGCUCCCCACCACCUCCAGAGAUGGAGAAGGCACCUCCAGCCCGCAAGGAAACGCGGUUUGAAGAAGUAAAACAGCCAGGCCAGGGCACCCCUGGGGAUCCAGAGCCUGUAUGUGUACCCAUUGCUGUGGCUGAGUCAGACACAGAUGACCAAGAGGAGGAUGAAGAGAACAGCCUGGGCACUGAGGAAGAGUCCAGCAAGCAGGAAUCCCAGCCUGUAUCCGGUGGCCCUGAGGCCUCCCCAGAGCCCAGGACCUGGAGCCAGGUGUCAGAGACCGCCUCCUCCGAGGCUGAGGCCAGUGAGUCUCAGGCAGACUGGCAGCAGCAGCAGAAAGCAGAGCACCAGGCCUCAGGGUGCAGUGAGACCCAGGAGGACAGCUACUCUGAAGGUAGCACAGCAGAUAUGACCAAUACCGCUGACCUCCUGGAGCAGAUCCCUGACCUCGGUGAGGACGUCAAGGAUCCAGAGGACUGCUUCACCGAAGGCUGUGUCCGGCGUUGUCCCUGCUGUGCAGUGGACACUACACAGGCCCCAGGGAAGGUCUGGUGGCGGCUGCGCAAGACCUGCUAUCGCAUUGUGGAGCACAGCUGGUUCGAGACAUUCAUCAUCUUCAUGAUCCUGCUCAGCAGUGGAGCACUGGCCUUUGAGGACAUCUACCUGGAGGAUCGGAAGACCGUCAAGGUUCUGCUUGAGUAUGCUGACAAGAUGUUCACCUACGUCUUCGUGCUAGAGAUGCUACUCAAGUGGGUAGCCUAUGGCUUCAAGAAGUACUUCACCAAUGCCUGGUGUUGGCUCGACUUCCUCAUUGUGGAUGUCUCUCUGAUCAGCCUGGUGGCCAACACCUUGGGCUUUGCUGAGAUGGGCCCCAUCAAGUCACUGAGGACACUGCGUGCACUCCGCCCCCUGAGAGCCCUGUCACGAUUUGAGGGCAUGAGGGUGGUGGUCAAUGCGCUGGUGGGUGCUAUCCCGUCCAUCAUGAACGUCCUUCUUGUCUGCCUCAUCUUCUGGCUCAUCUUCAGCAUCAUGGGUGUGAACCUCUUCGCUGGGAGGUUUGGGAGGUGCAUCAACCAGACUGAGGGAGACCUCCCUUUAAACUACACCAUUGUGAACAACAAGAGCGAGUGUGAAUCCUUCAAUGUGACUGGUGAAUUGUACUGGACCAAGGUGAAGGUCAACUUUGACAACGUGGGGGCUGGGUACCUGGCCCUUCUGCAAGUGGCAACAUUUAAAGGCUGGAUGGACAUUAUGUAUGCAGCUGUGGAUUCCAGAGGGUAUGAAGAGCAGCCCCAGUGGGAAUACAACCUCUACAUGUACAUCUACUUUGUCAUUUUCAUCAUCUUCGGGUCUUUCUUCACCCUGAACCUUUUCAUCGGCGUCAUCAUUGACAACUUCAACCAACAGAAGAAAAAGUUAGGGGGCCAAGACAUCUUUAUGACAGAGGAGCAGAAGAAAUACUACAAUGCCAUGAAGAAGCUGGGUUCCAAGAAGCCCCAGAAACCCAUCCCUAGGCCCCUGAACAAGUACCAAGGCUUCCUGUUUGAUAUUGUGACCAAGCAAGCCUUUGAUGUCACCAUCAUGUUCCUCAUCUGCUUGAAUAUGGUGACCAUGAUGGUGGAAACAGAUGACCAAAGCCCUGAGAAGGUCAGCAUCUUGGCCAAGAUCAACCUGCUCUUUGUGGCCAUCUUCACGGGCACUGUGCUCUCAGACAUCAUCCAGAAAUACUUCUUCUCCCCAACACUCUUCCGGGUUAUCCGCCUGGCCCGAAUUGGCCGCAUCCUCAGACUGAUCCGAGGAGCCAAGGGGAUCCGCACACUGCUCUUUGCCCUCAUGAUGUCCCUGCCUGCCCUCUUCAACAUCGGGCUGCUGCUCUUCCUCGUCAUGUUCAUCUACUCCAUCUUUGGCAUGGCCAACUUCGCUUAUGUUAAGUGGGAGGCUGGCAUAGAUGACAUGUUCAACUUCCAGACCUUUGCCAACAGCAUGUUGUGCCUCUUCCAGAUCACCACAUCAGCUGGUUGGGAUGGGCUCCUCAGCCCCAUCCUCAACACGGGGCCCCCUUACUGUGACCCUAAUCUGCCCAACAGCAAUGGCUCCCGAGGGAACUGUGGGAGCCCAGCUGUGGGCAUCCUCUUCUUUACCACCUAUAUCAUCAUCUCCUUCCUCAUCGUGGUCAACAUGUACAUUGCCAUCAUCCUGGAGAACUUCAGCGUGGCCACAGAGGAGAGCACAGAGCCUCUUAGUGAGGACGACUUUGACAUGUUCUAUGAGAUUUGGGAGAAGUUUGAUCCAGAGGCCACCCAAUUCAUUGAGUAUUCAGCCCUGUCGGACUUUGCUGAUGCCCUGUCUGAGCCACUUCGGAUUGCCAAGCCCAACCAGAUAAGCCUCAUCAACAUGGACCUGCCCAUGGUGAGUGGGGACCGUAUCCAUUGCAUGGACAUCCUCUUUGCUUUCACCAAGAGGGUCCUGGGGGAGUCUGGGGAGAUGGAUGCCCUGAAGAUCCAAAUGGAGGAAAAGUUCAUGGCUGCCAACCCAUCCAAGAUCUCCUACGAACCCAUCACCACCACACUCCGGCGCAAGCAUGAGGAAGUGUCAGCCACAGUCAUCCAGCGGGCCUUCCGCAGGCACCUGCUGCAGCGCUCCAUGAAGCAUGCCUCCUUCCUCUUCCGUCAGCAGGUCGGCAGCAGCGGCCUCUCUGAAGAGGAUGCCCCUGAGCGAGAGGGCCUCAUCGCCUACAUGAUGAAUGAGAACUUCUCCCGGCCUCUUAGCCCACCCUCCAGUUCCUCCAUCUCCUCCACAUCCUUCCCACCCUCCUAUGACAGUGUCACUAGAGCCACCAGUGAUAACCUCCAGGUGCGGGUGUCUGACUAUAGCCGCAGCGAAGACCUUGCUGACUUUCCCCCGUCCCCAGACAGGGACCGGGAGUCUAUCGUGUGAGCCUCACCUCUGCUGGCCAGGGCACACUGAGAGGCAGCCUGUUGCCUUGUGGCAAACCUGAAUGCAAUCACAAACCAGCCUGGGCCUUCCUGGCUUUGAACUUUCGAGAUGAGAGACGAGCCUUAGCCCCAAGGAUACCAAGGCAGAGUUCUGUGGCACCACAUGGGCAGCUGGAGCAACUGGAGGAGCUGAACUUUCAGGGUGCCCUAUCCCUGGAGGCCCCACACAUACCUGUGGCCUGGUCUGCUCAGGCAAUGCCUUGGGGAUCUGAAAAGCAACUCUGUCCCAGCUACUGAGGCAAAUAUAAAACAGAGACUGUAUAUGUUGGGAAUGGGCUUUCAUAAAUUUAUUAUAUUUGAUAUUUUUUUACUUGAACAAAGAACUGAAGUUUUUUCCAUGGAUGUUGGAAGCAUUUCACACUGCCUCUUCUGAACCUGAACAAUAGCAUCUGUGGAGCAGCCCUAACUCUGUUCUCGAAGCAAAAGUGGAAUGUGGUGUGGCUCCCACAGGCCUUCACUGCCUAGCAGGGACAUGGGGACCCCUGCAGCUUAGGCUGAGGUGCCGGGAGGGCUGACCCCCCCUCACUCACGUACCUGUACACACUCCUCACACA